AUGGGACCAGAGAAUGAUUCCCGUGUUUCCGGAUUUCUCCUUCUGGGAAUUUCAGAAGACCCCAGGUUGCAGCCUGGUCUCUUUGGGUUGUUUCUGUCCAUGUAUCUGAUCACAGUGCUCGGGAAUCUGCUCAUCAUCCUGGCCACCGCCUCCGACCCCCGUCUGCACACGCCCAUGUACUUCUUCCUCUCCAACCUGUCCUUCGUGGACGUCUGCUUCACCUCUACCACCGUCCCCAAGAUGCUGCUCAACCUCCACACGCACAGCCAGGCCAUCAGCUACGAAGAGUGCAUCACCCAGACACAUUUUUUUGUCCUCUUUUCCGGGUUGGACAUCUUCCUGCUGACCGUGAUGGCCUACGACCGCUUCGUGGCCAUCUGUCACCCGCUGCGCUACACGGCCAUCAUGAGCCCCCGGCUGUGUGUGGGGCUGGUGCUGGGCUCCUGGCUCAUCAACAUCACCGAUUCUCUUCUGCAGAGCUUCAUGGUGCUGCGGCUGACCUUCUGCACCCACUUGGCAAUCCCCCACUUCUUCUGCGAACUGAACCAGGUGGUCCACCUGGCCUGCUCGGACACCUUCCCCAACGACGUGGUGAUCUACUUUGGCGUGCUGCUGCUGGUGUGCUUUCCCCUGGCGGGCAUCCUGUAUUCCUAUUCCCAGAUCGUGUCUUCCAUCCGGGCCAUCUCGUCGGCCGAGGGCAAGUACAAGGCCUUCUCCACCUGCGCAUCGCACCUCUCCGUGGUCUCCUUGUUUUACGGCACAAUCCUGGGUGUGUACCUCAGCUCGACGGUGACCCAAAACUCACACUCAACCGGCACGGCCUCGGUGAUGUACAGUGUGGUCACCCCCAUGCUGAACCCCUUCAUCUACAGCCUCAGGAACAAAGACCUCAAGAGGGCUCUGAACAAACUCUUAGUGGUAGACAGUAUGAAAAUGCCCUCGGUCCGCAGACUGAAUUAUGUAAACGAAUGCACCUCCGGCCACCACAGCUGCCACAGCUCCACCCUUUGUCUCAACAAAGCCGGUGGGUACGAGUGCGGCUGCCGACGCGGAUGGAGGCCGUUCUUCAUCUGGGCAACCUUACCUGGUCAAAUACACACCCAGUGUGAAGACGUGAAUGAAUGCACCUCCGGCCACCACAACUGCCACAGCUCCGCCCAUUGCCUCAACAAAGCCGGAGGGUACGAGUGCCGCUGCCGACGCGGCUGGAGGCCGAUCCCAGGAUCCCCCGAAGGCCCAACGCACACCCAGUGUGAAGCACUGACCCUGGAGUUGCAGGUUCCAGGCGACAGGCAAGUCACCUUGAGUCAGAAUCAGACAAAGAUGCAGCUGACCUGGGACCUGGCCCAGAAACCCGGUCACCCAGGCCCCGCCAUGGUGGGCCUCAUCUCCAUUCCCAAGAUGGGCAAGCUGCUGGCUGAGGCUCCGCUGGUCCUGGAGCCAGCCCAGGAGGCAACUGCUGAGACAAACUGGGGCCCACACCUGACACCAGCCCUGCUCUCCGAUGUCAUCACAGCCUUCCUGAGCCACCGGGACACGCAGAACCUCAGCUCCCCGGUGACCUUCACCUUCUCCCACCGGGUGAGCGCCG